AUUUUACUGUACAGAGUUUUUCUAAGUUUUCAAAUAUUGAUCUACAUAAUACUGAAGUGAGAACAAAACCAGUGUUAUCUUCUCUUCUCCACUUGCAAAUGGAACCAAAUGUAACAAAAUUCGACCUAAUAAUCCUAGGUGCUUCAGGUUUCACAGGCAAAUACGUUCUCAAAGAAGCUCUCAAAUUCCUCAACAACAAUCAAUCAUUCUCAUCUUUCAAUUCCAUAGCCAUAGCAGGCCGUAACCCAACUAAACUAGCCCAAACUCUCAUAUGGGCUUCAAAGCCCAACCCACCACCAUCUCUCCCCAUUCUCCUCGCCGAUACAACUAACCCUCCCUCCCUCCGUUCCCUCUGCUCCCAAACCAAUCUCAUCCUCAACUGCGUCGGUCCGUUCCGCCACCACGGUGAUCCCGUCGUCGCCGCUUGCGUCGAUUCGGGAUGCGAUUACAUAGAUAUUUCCGGCGAGCCGGAAUUCAUGGAGAGGAUGGAAGUUAGUUACCAUGAUAGGGCGGUUGAGAGAGGUUCGUUGGUGGUUUCGGGUUGUGGAUUUGAUUCGGUACCGGCUGAGCUUGGGUUGUUGUAUAAUUCGUUGCAGUGGGUGGGGCCCAGUGUGGUGAAUAGGGUUGAGGCGUAUGUUAGUUUGGAGUCUGAGAAGAGAAUUGUGGGGAAUUUUGCUACUUAUGAAUCUGCGGUUCUUGGUGUGGCUAAUGCGAGUAAGUUGCAACAGCUUAGAAGGUCUAGACCUAAAAGAAGACCCAGACCAAUGAUUCCUGGGCCCUCUCCUACGAAAGGAGAGACUAUAGAACACCAGAAGAAAAUUGGUCUUUGGGCAGUAAUGCUACCUUCGGCGGAUGCAAGCGUUGUUCGAAGAACACUUUCAACUCUAACAGAAAAACCCAAAGGUCUCCCGGGGUCGAACGAGAGUCCCGAGAUGGUUGAGAAAAGAGAAGCCUUCUGGUCAUCUGUUAAGCCAGCUCAUUUCGGUGUGAAAAUAGGCUCAAAAUCUUUGUUGGGAAUUUUAAGAAUCACUAUGAUUGGGAUUUUCAUUGGCCUUUUAGGAAGCACUAGUUUCGGACGCCGACUUCUUUUGAAUUUUCCUUCGUUUUUUAGCCUUGGUUUGUUCAGGAAGAAUGGCCCUUCCAACGAAGAGGUGGAAAGCGCUUCGUUCAAAAUGUGGUUUGUUGGUCAAGGAUUCAAUAACGAGAAUCUUGCUUCACAAGUAAACGCAAAACCUGACAUGGAAAUUAUAACACGAGUAACGGGACCUGAAGUCGGAUAUGUAUCAACCCCAAUAAUUCUUGUUCAGUGUGCUCUCAUUCUUCUCAGUCAGCGCAACAACCUACCUAAAGGAGGAGUUUAUACUCCCGGAAUUGUAUUCGGUCCAACUGAUCUCCAGCAGAGACUUCAACAAAAUGGAAUAUCGUUUGAUAUCAUCUCGAAAAACACUAUUUCUUCUUGACCAUGUAAGUUUCUUCCUUUACACUAUAAUCAUAAAGAAAACUAUGCUGCUCAAUGAAAUAACUUAGGUAACCAAGUAGCAAGGAGAUACUUUAUAUUUGAUUAGUGUGACUGUUAUAUAAUAAUGUAAUAUACUAUAGUUAUUACAAGAUUUGGCUUAACUUGCAUAUGAAUCGUUGAAUCUUCUUUCAUUUGAUUGAUUUA